GCAGACUGCUGGAUAUCUGCUGGAAACCACAGCUUCAGCUCCACGAUAUAGACCUCCCCCAGCAUUUUUUAACUGAGGAGGAUCUCUGCAGCCAGCAGAGGAACUUCAGAGAAGACCAGGAGAAUCCAGAACCUCCACAGAUUGAAGAGGAACUGAAGGAACCAAAACUUCUACUGAUCAAAAUGGAGCAAGAAGAACCAGGAACUCUGCAGAUUGAAGAGGAACAAGAGUAUCCAGAAUCCCCAGACAUUGAAGAGGAACAAGAGUAUCCAGUAUCCCCACAGAUUGAAGAGGAGCUGGAGGAACAACAAACUAUACAGAUUAAGGAGACUUAUACCUUGAUGGAGAUUCCUACUUUGGAGGAACAUGUUGACAGUGAAGCAGAUGGAAACAAUCAGCAGAGCUCGAAUGAAACUGAUAGUCAGGAUGAAGAAGAAAACCAACAUGAAGAAUCAACAUCAACUCCAGAUGAAGUGACAGAGCCACAGAACAGAGAUCAAAGGAAGACAAGAGACAAAAGUCACGUAGAAAGUGUCGACAACUCUCGCAUGUCCAAAAGUCAGUGUGACUCUGAUGUUAGAAAAAAGCUAAAAAUGACAACUUCGGUUAAGAAACACAAACAAUCCCCAAAAGAAAAGAGACUUUCCUCUACAGGGUCUGGAAAGAGAACAAGAAAUCCACACGAUGUGUCUGUCCGCAAGAAAGCUAAGCCUGAUAAAAGACCUUAUGCCUGUAAAGAAUGUGACAAAUGUUUUAGUCAAAUGUGUAAUCUCAAAGCACACAUGACGAUCCAUACCGGAGAAAAGCCUUUUUCUUGUAAAGAAUGUGACGGAAGUUUUACUCGACUAUCUAAUCUAAUAACACACAUGAGAAUCCACACGGGAGAAAAGCCUUUUUUGUGUAAAGAAUGUGAUACACCUUUUGGUGAUGUAUCUAGUCUCAAAAGGCACAUGAGAACUCAUACAGGAGAGAAGCCUUAUUCGUGUCAAUAUUGUGAUGCAAGUUUUAGUCAAAUAUCUACUCUUAAAACACACAUAAGAACUCAUACAGGAGAGAAGCCUUUUUUGUGUAAACAAUGUAACAAACGUUUCAAUCAAGCAUCUGGUCUCAAAAGACACAUAAGAAUUCAUACAGGAGAGAGGCCUUUUUUGUGUAAAGAAUGUGAUAAAAGUUUUGGUGAUCCAACUAGUCUCAAUAACCACAUGGCAACUCAUAGAGAAGUGAAGGCUUUUUCGUGUAAAGAAUGUGGAAGAAGAUUUACUCUAAUAUCUAGUCUUAAAAUACACAUGAGAACUCAUACAGGAGAGAACCGUUUUACGUGUAAAGAAUGUGACAGAAGUUAUACUGUAGUAUCUAGUCUGAAAACGCACAUGAGAACUCAUACUGGAGAGAAGCCUUUUUUGUGUAAAGAAUGUGAUAAAAGAUUUAGUCAACUAGCUCAUCUCCAAUCACACAUGAAAACACACACAGGAAAGAAGCCUUUUUCGUGUAAAAAAUGUGACAAAAGUUUUAGUCAAACAUAUAAUCUCAAAACACACAUGAAAACUCAUACAGGAGAGAAGCCUUUUUUGUGUACAGAAUGUGACCGAAGUUUUAGUAUAAUAUAUAAUCUCAAAAAACACAUGAGAAUCCAUACAGGAGAGAAGCCUUUUUUGUGUAAAGAAUGUGAUAGAAGUUUUAGUCAUAAAUCAAAUCUCAAAUUACACAUGAGAACUCAUACAGGAGAAAAGCCUUUUUUGUGUAAAGAAUGUGGCAAGAGCUUUCGUCAAAUAUCUACUCUCAAAACACACAUGAGAACUCAUACUGGAGAGAAGCCUUUUUUGUGUGAAAAAUGUGACAUGAGGUUUCGUCAAAUAUCUAAUCUUAAAGUACACAUGAGAAUCCAUACAGGAGAAAAGCCUUUUUCUGAAAUUAAGUGAAACUCACAGCUGAGGGCUCGUGAAGUAAAGACAAUAAUGGCUUAAUUAGGAAGGUUUAAAUAUUCUGAAAACAUUUUUCCUUCAUUUUAAGGGCUGUGAAAAAACAAAUUUUAAUUGGGGAAUUAUAAUGUUCUUUACUUACUUUAAACGACCCCACAGCAGCAUUUUGAUCCACUCACACAUUUGUGAGUAAUCUAACAUUCUUCAUUCUGAGCACCUGCUCCUCCUAAAACAGAAAAUGCUGUAUUUUUUGUGUAUUUUUACUCGCAUCCUGUAAAAAAAAUCUAUUUACUAACAAAAAUAAGCAGGUUCUCACAAGCUGACAUCACAAAGUGAGGACAGCCCCUAUCAGGAAGCGUCUACACCGCCAGCACUGCCCCUGGCUAAACGCCUUUAAAAUUAUUUUAUUUUAGCAUUGACUCUGAGAAGAAAUGGGUUCCUCUUUCACCUAAUCUGCAGAGACAGAUUAGGUGAACAGAUCUUAGCAUAAAUGAACAUAUCCUCUUCAAAAAGUACAAUUUUAAUCAGUAGCUUGAUGAACAAAGAACAAUAUAAUACAUUUUCAACAUGGAUAUGUUUUGUUGAACUCAAAAACAUGAAAUUAUCAUGUAUCUCAUAGAUUUGAUGAUCCUUCUGAGAGAAUAUUAAAAUUUUCUAAAACUAUUUUUUAGGUUUUCAGCAUCUAUAAGUCAUCAAGAUCAUAUUGCUCAAAACAAAGAACUUUGUAAAUGAUUUUACACAACAUAAGUUUCACUUUUUGAAAUAUUUACCAAAAAAAUGUAUUAUUACAUUUUUCUUUUAGAUUCACCUGUAAACAUAAAUGUUAUUUUGAACUAUGACUUGAAAUUAUAAACUCUGUUAUAUUAAAUGUUUUAGGAAAUUUUGAUAAAGUCAAUUUCUGUUGGUUGUUUUUUAGUAGAUAUUUGUACUUGUAUUAUCUUAGUUAAAGUUGUUUAGUUUACCAUUGCGGUUGUAGUUUAUGUUGAGACAAUGUUUGUCUGUGUGUGUUACCAUGACAACACUAAAAUUAUUUUUACACAUCUCUAACACUGAUUUGUGAACGUUUCAAUACUGUUUUUUAAUAUAAAAUAAUCACAGUUUGUUUUGUUGAUUCAUGUUGGUAAAUAACAGAUUUGUGAAGAAAAGAUUUUGUAAAAUUGUACUAAGGAAGAGUCAGAUGAAUGAAAAUUUUUGUUGGUUAAUUUUUAUUAGUAUGUUUUUAUAGUUUUAUGGUAUUUUUUAAACUUUACCAUUGUGGUUGUAGUUUAUGUUGAGACAAUGUUGUCUAAGUCUGUAUGUUACCAUGACAACACUAUAAUUAUAUGUGCUUUUUAAACAAUUUAAUAUUGCUUUUUAAUAUUAAAUAAUGCCAUGUUUAUAUUGUGUUGAACCCUGUUAGUAAAUAACGUUUUGUGAUGAAUAUUUUUUCCUAAAAUUGUAUUGAGGAAGAGUCAGAUAAAGAGUGCGACUGGUGUUUGUGUUGUUGUGAUUCCUGUUUUGUAUCAGAGAUUAGAAGUGUUUCUCUGUUCUUUUUAGUCGUCAGUGUUCUGUUCCAAUCUUUCCUGUGAAGAAUAAAGUGGACGUGAACAUCA